UCAAGCGGAGUUCAGCCGGAACCGUUAACUUGCUUGAGUCAAACACCGGCGGCGUUAAAUAAUAAACCGUCAAUAAAACCGUUAAAUCUCCUCAGAAACACCGUCAGGAUUCAGAAGCUAAUCUGCGUUACAGCAGUCUGAUCGAGUUUUAAUCGACGCAGGAAAGUUUGCGAGUGAGUUUAGCGAGUAAGCGAGGUGUUGUUAGCAGCACAUAAACAAUAAUAAUAAUAAUAAUAAACCGCCGUGGAGAAUAAAGUGUGAGAUCAGCGCUGUUUACCGACAGAAACACGCAGAAUGUGAGAGUUCAGCAAAGCCGCGAGUGCUGAUUCUGCUGCGGUCAAAAUCAACAUGAUCACCGGCAUCUGGAGCCCAGCAGCUGCAGCUACACCAACCCUGCUGACGGAGAACUCCACAGCGAGCUGAGAUGAUGAUGAUGAAGAUGAUGAUGUUUUGGCUGCUGCCCGUCUGGACUCUCCUCCUGCUGUCCUCGUCUUCUUCUUCUUCUCCUCCUUCUUCUUCUUCUGCUGUUGAUUUCUCGGUGCGUUUUGGACACACUCUGCCGUCUCUCAGUCGUCCUGCGAACUCCACGCAGAUCUUCUAUGGCAUCAUGUUUGACGCCGGCAGCACCGGCACACGCAUCCACGUCUACACCUUUAUCCAGAGAGAGCCAGAUGGACUGCCAGUGCUGGAUAAUGAGAUGUUCCACUCCAUGAAGCCUGGACUCUCUGCAUAUGCAGACAUGCCUGAGAUUGCGGGUCAUACGGUGCGUCAACUGCUGCGAGUGGCUAAGAAGACUGUUCCUCCGCUGGAGUGGAAGCGGACACCGCUGGUGUUCAGAGCCACCGCUGGACUCAGACUGCUGCCCGCCGCUAAAGCUCAUGCACUGCUGGAGGAGGUCCAGGAUGUCUUUGAUGAGUCUCCGUUUUACGUUCCUCCAGACAGCGUCAGGAUCAUGAACGGCACCAGUGAAGGGAUUCUGGCCUGGGUCACAGUCAACUUUCUGACAGGUCGACUGGAGCGAAACACAGAGAAGACAGUAGGAAUCCUGGACCUCGGCGGAGGAUCAACACAGAUUACCUUCUUGCCCAAGUCAAAGAAAACCAUUGAAGCUGCUCCGGCCGACUACAUCAGCAGAUUCCAGAUGUUCAACUGCAGCUACCAGCUCUACACACACAGUUAUCUAGGAAACGGCAUCAAAGCUGCUCGACUCUCAGCCCUCGGGGCCCUGAAUGCAGACGCAGGUCUGGAAAAGAAGCUCUUCCGCAGCUCUUGUUUGUCCAGAUCACACACAGCAGAGUUCAGCUUCGGCGGCGUCUCGUAUCACGUCAGCGGCGACAGCAGCGGUGUGAGCGGCUAUAAGGCGUGCUAUCAGGAGUUAGUGAAGGUGGUGAAGGGCAUCAUCAAGCAGCCGCUGGAGCUCAGAGAUUCCUCCUCCUUCUACGCUUUCUCUUAUUAUUAUGAUCACGCGGUGGAGGCCGGACUCAUCGAUGAGCAGCGCGGAGGAGCCGUGAAGGUCCGAGACUUCCGGAAAACCGCUCGACAGGUGUGUAACCGGCCGGCGCGUCACACUCAGCUCAACCAGUUCCUCUGUAUGGACCUGACCUACAUCACCUGCCUGCUGAAAGACGGCUUCGGCUUCAAGGAGAGCACUGUCCUGCAGUUAACCAAGAAGGUGAGGAAUGUGGAAACCAGCUGGGCUUUAGGUGCCGCCAUCGACCACUUCCAGAAGUCCAGGAUCCACUGAAGUGAACAAUGAUCACACAAACCACGCUUCACUACUGAGCAUCAGUGUUUACAGCAGUCUGAGACUCAUUUUUACUCUUCUAAUUUUGUCUCUAUCAAAUGUACAGUUCUUUUUAUGUUCGGAUAGUUUUAUUUUUGGAAACAUUACAGCAUAACAUCCCAGAGCACAUCAGGUCAACUUACUUGACAUUUAGUCUAACAGUCCUAAUGAAUGCUCAUUUAAGAUCUUGAUUCUUCAUAGUUUUUAUGGGAUGUCAUUGUCUAACUAAAUCAUUUUUUGGUGCGAUUACUCACAUUAGUAAGGUGGAUUCGGUGUUUAAUGUCGUGGAACUGAGGAGUAGUAAUGUUUAUUUUCAACAUGCCUUAAUUUCAGCAUGAACUCAAAUGCACAGUAUUUAUUUCAGCAGCACACAUCACGUCUUAAUUCAUCUGUGUGAAUGAGUCCACUUAAUAAUAAUAAAGGAAACUGAUUUCAAAUCAGUUUAACUGCUCAGAUUAAAUAAAUAAAUUAUUGAAAAUCUGUCAGCUGAUGAUUCUGAUUGGGCGAAAUAUGCUUAGCCACGCCCCUCCAACUGUAAGUUUGCGGCGUUAAAGAUGAAUGGAGCUAAAAAGUAAACCCCGCCUCUGCUCUAUUCAGUCAGAAUUACUUCAAUUGUUGAUAAACUAUUUUUAAUAAACAGCAUUUUAUUGUGCCUGAA